AUGUCUACCAAUGCACCUGAUGGAAUCGUAGUUGGCAUUCGUGCAGGUCAAUUAAACGAAGCUUCUCAACAAGGUUUAAAGGCUCACUCUACUUCCGACGUUGCUCAACAAUGGUCAAAUGCUCGUAUUGCUGACCCAAACAAACCAGGUCAACUUCGUGUUUUUUAUCCUUCCAAACAAGAUGAACCUGUGAUUGCAGCAAUUUCCGUUCAAGGUGGUGAAGUCAAACCUGCGCCGACAACGGCUCCUGAUACUGUUCCUGCAGCAUCUACUUGGUUACGAAAUGAACAUUUGGAACAAAGUCGUCUUGCGGCUGCAAAAGGUGUGAGAAGUUUACGUGAUCUUCCUUUGGCAAACGAUAAAGAUGCAAAUCAACGUAAGACAUUAGCUAUUGACUCUUUCACAAGUCCACAUGCUGCUGCUACAGGAGCAGGUUUAGCCCUUUGGAGAUUUAAUCAUUUCAAAUCUAGAGGCCCAAAUGCUGCUUUUGAGAAAGAGUACGAUCUUCAAGGUGGUAGAAAUGUGGAGUACGUUCCACUACAAUCCCAAGAUAAAGAAUGCUCUCAAUUACUCGACCAAGGUGAUGAGCUCAAACAAAGCACCGUACCACUCAGCUGGAAGACCGGUCAUGUGUAUGCAGAAGCGCAAAAUUGGACAAGAGAAUUAGUAGAAACACCUGCGAACCAUCUUACUCCUUCUAUCUACUGUGAGGUUGUUAAGACCAAAUUAGGCUCUCUUAAGAAUAUCACAAUCGAACCUCACGAUGAAGCUUGGGCUAGGGCUAAAGGAAUGGGAUCCUUUAUCUCCGUCACUCAAGGAACAGAUGAGCCCGCAAAAAUGUUGGAAGUUCACUAUAAUGGUGCUGGAAAGGAUGCUCCCGUUCUCGGAUUAGUUGGCAAAGGUAUCACUUUUGAUUCUGGAGGCAUCUCAAUCAAACCAGGAGCAGGCAUGAAACGUAUGCGCGCGGAUAUGGGAGGCAGUGGAACAUGUCUUGGAGCGAUCUAUGCUUUGGCAAAAUUGCAAGUUCCGGUCAACGUGGUGGCGGUGAUGCCAUUGACGGAGAAUAUGCCAAGCGGACACGCAACAAAACCCGGAGAUAUUGCUAAAGCAAUGAACGGUUUAACGAUUGAUAUCGAUAAUACCGAUGCUGAAGGUAGACUUGUUAUGGCAGAUGCGCUGACAUACGUCUCAAGGGAAUUCAAACCGGCAGUCUUGCUCGAUAUUGCUACUUUGACUGGCGCAAUCGUUGUCGCUUUGGGCGAUACAUAUUCUGCCGCUUUUACCGAAGAUGAAAAGCUUUGGCAAGCAUUGAAAGAAGCGGGAGAAGCUGAAAAUGAUCCUUUCUGGCGAAUGCCAUUAGAUGAUCGUUAUUUGCAAUAUAUCGAUAACGGUUAUGCAGAUGUCAUUAAUCGUGGUGUACCCGCAGGUGCAUGUACGGCAGCUAUCUUCCUGAAACAAUUCGUUGAAGGUUUGGAAGAUAGAGCAAAGGGUAAACCGGCAACCGUUCGUUAUGCUCAUUUGGAUAUUGCGGGACCAAUGGACGCCGUUGCUUCUUGUGCCUAUCAAGAUAAGGGUGGAAUGACCGGAAGACCUACUCGCGCGAUUAUCGAAUUUGCUCGUCGCUUUGCACUCUGGAAGGAGACCUAA